AUGUCCGUACACGUAUUUCAUGAAGCCCUUGAAGCCCACGAAGAGAUCCCUGUUUAUCUCGCCGGGCAGCUCCCCCAGCUCCUCGGCCACCUUGGCGGCGAAGUGUUUCAGCGCGUCCCUGGCGGACUCCACGUAGUCACGCCGCGCCUCCUUGGUGAGCUCCGCGAUUGCCUUUUCAAUCUCACUGUCUACGAAGCGUUCAAUGUUUUCUACUUUCUCCCAUUUUAUGUAAUCGGCGUUGGUGAGGAACUUGUCGCACAUGGCGAUGGCCGCCUGGAGGUCACCGGUGCGGAGGGUGUCAAUUUGUGUCUUGAUUUUUCCGAGGACUUUGUCGAUGUUAUUCUCUUUGAAAAGCCCCAACUGCCAGUCGACACUGCCGGCUUCGCUCGCAAUCUUGGCGCACAGUUCACCAAGGAAUUUGUUGAUGUCAGGGACUGUAUCCCUGUUGAGCUCUUCAAUCUCUUUCUUGAUUUUUCUGAGGCUAUUAGGAUCGUCAUCAUUUGUUCCAAUCUUCUCUAUCACAAAAUCCAUAUUCUUGAUCACGCCUCUUUUUUCUGCAUUUUCGCCUUCCUCACCCUGCAACUCACUCCUCAGAUCGUCAAGCUCCUUGGUGAUUUUGUUGACGCCUUGCUGGAUGUCAGUGGGCUGAGAGGACAGCGUAGUUUGUUGGGUGUGAAGGUUAUUUUUAAUAUUUUCAAGGCCCUUAGUUCCCUGCCAACUUGCCUCGUUACUCAUCCCCUUGCCCAUCAAAUUGGUCAGCUCCUUGAUCACAUCACUGUCCAGCGUGCUCCUCUGCUCUUUGAGUGCAUCCUUGAUUGCCUCGCUGGCUUCCCCUAUGGCUUGUGGAUUGGAAGUAAAAUCACCGGAUUGUAA